AUGCUUGAAAUUGAAUUGCUGAAUUCAUGUUUGAGCCGAAAUGAACAGCUCCUCUCGCUCUUCAAACGGAACGGAGCGAAGCGGUGA